AUGGAUGUGUUGCUUGUUCUAAAACAAAAUCUAACCGAGUUUUUGCGCUCCGAAGGCUACCCAUCAGGGUUUGCUAUCAAAUUUCUCGAUCGAAACCUCGGCCAAGCGGGGGACGUGCUGAUUAAGCACGGAAGCGUCACGGAGCUGCUGCUGAACGUGAAUCGACUGCUGCAGGAAAGUAUCGAGUGGCCGAUGCCGAUUGAGCGCGUUUCGCUCGCCGGCAACGCUGCACAAAUUUGGUUCCAGCGAGCCGUAGCCUAUCGCUGGGGCAUAAAAUGGCGCCAAAGUGGCGAACACGCGCAAUCCGACGCUACCGUACGACCAACAAUCUGCCUCAACGAAUCACUCAACGACCACGAACCGCCGCUCUCGAUGAGGGAAUUUCGUGAAAACGCGUUGAGAAAAGUUCUCAGGAAUUGCUUCAUCCACAACGGGUACCAGCUGGUAGCGGAGCAGGAUCUGAAGCAGGACAACGUAACGCAGGCCAACGUAACGCAGAUCGACAUAGUUCAUAGGAUAAAUAAAAUGAAACGUACAACCGAGUGCGGGGAGCGGAAAAUUGAGAUCCUGUGCGGCCCGGUCCUGCUCGGUCCGGAUAUACCCGACGCGGCACAGUACAUCGCUCGGCGCUCCAACGAUAUGCAGCUGAUCGCGCAACACAAGUAUGGCUUAGGUCGGCAUCAAGUGGACAAACUACAACCCACCAUCGCUAGCUUGGGGCGUUCGGCGGCCAUCGUUGAUGUGCUCCAGUCAAGGCAUUCCAAUACGAUUGAUAUGCGCCACGGGACGGCCGGCAGUGCUUUGCAGUCGUCCAGCAAGGGAGCGUCUUUCAUACUGUACAACUACGCUCGGUUGGCCGCGCUGUUCACGAAGUACGCGCGAUUCCAGCAAAUCAACGGCUACCCGGAACUGCCUCCGAUUGACGAGGUCGAUUUCACGUUGCUCACCGAGCCGGAGGAAUGGCAACUGUUCUACGUGUACGUCAUCGGACUUCCGGCCAUUUUGCGAUACACGCUCGGCAACGGCCAGCUGGAAAACCUCGGACCGCACCGGUUGCUGGAGUUUACGACGAGGCUGGUUUCUUGCCUUAGCAAAUACUACCGCCAAACGCGCAUCAUAACCGAGAAUCGGCCGAAACUGCUUCCGGUCAUGAUGGCCCGGAUGCAUCUGCUGAGAAGCGUGUACGACACACUGGACAUUUUGCUGCAACUCAUUGACUUGGAACCGGUCCGGGAAAUGUAAAACAUGUACAUUCUAAACGAUU